CGUACAAAUUCACUUUAUUCCAGCUUCUUUCUCCAUUGUUGUGAGACAUUUGUGACGUCCACUAAUUAUGCAGCGUGCAAAGGGCAAACAGGUGAGCAUCAUUAGCUACUAAUGGCUUGGCUUCACGCCCAAUAAAUUGAAGUUCGCGAUAAAGGGCAAUGGGAGAAUCGUUCCUAAACAACGUGUUAAACAACCGUGGUCAAGAACAUCAACAACAACAACAACAAUAAUAAUGUCGAAUGACAUUUCAAAGAAGAGGGGCAAGAGUUCCGGUGAGAAAAGGGCCAAGAAAAAGGUCAAACGUAAAGAGACGUACGCCAUGUACAUCUAUAAAGUUCUAAAACAGGUUCAUCCGGACACGGGCAUCUCCAGCCGGGCCAUGAGCAUCAUGAAUUCGUUCGUCAAUGACUUGUUCGAGAGGAUCGCCACCGAGGCGUCGCGCCUGGCCCAGUACAACAAGCGGGCCACCAUCACCAGCCGCGAAGUGCAGACCGCCGUCAGGCUGCUGCUGCCCGGCGAGCUGGCCAAGCACGCCGUGUCCGAGGGCACCAAGGCCGUCACGAAGUACACCAGCUCCAAGUGAAGAAAGGACCAUAUUGGCAGUUACCAUUAAAUGUCUUUCCUGGCCUCGA